GCUCCGCCGCGCGGGAUUUCCGCAAUAAUACCAACUAUGGCGAAGACAUACGACUAUUUGUUUAAAUUGCUGUUAAUCGGGGACUCCGGUGUCGGCAAGACAUGUGUCCUGUUCAGAUUUUCAGAAGACGCCUUCAACUCGACCUUCAUCUCCACUAUAGGCAUCGAUUUCAAGAUUAGGACAAUAGAGCUUGACGGCAAGAAGAUAAAGUUACAGAUAUGGGAUACAGCUGGCCAGGAGCGUUUCCGAACAAUCACGACAGCCUACUACAGAGGAGCCAUGGGAAUCAUGCUUGUCUACGACAUCACGAACGAGAAGUCUUUUGAAAAUAUCAAGAACUGGAUAAGGAACAUUGAGGAGCAUGCAUCAUCUGAUGUGGAGAAGAUGGUCCUCGGGAACAAAUGUGACAUCAAUGACAAGCGGCAGGUGUCCAAAGACCGGGGAGAGAAGCUUGCUUUAGAGUAUGGGAUCAAGUUCAUGGAGACCAGCGCAAAGGCUAACAUCAAUGUGGAAAACGCAUUUUUGACACUUGCCAGAGACAUCAAAUCAAAAAUGGACACAAAAUUGGAGGGCAACACGCCGCAGGGGAGCAGUCAUGGAGUCAAGAUCUCAGAGCCUCAGAAAAAGACCAGCUUCUUCCGCUGUAGCCUACUCUGAGGACAGAGGCCUACGAUACUGGCUGCCAGCUGGCUGGACAUAAAUGGACUGUGCUUGCUUUUAGCACUUCCUCCCCCCUCCUCCUUUCUCCCAUCCAUGGCCAGUCCACACAAACCAUGAUACUCCCAGUAAGUGGAGGACUCUCCCUCCUCUCUUCCUCUUCUGAAAGCUUCCAGUGGUGCAUCUCUUCCAUCUUAAGGAGAAAAGCUAUCUUCAGGGGUCAGACCACUUGACUGGUGGAGGACGCAACCAGGAGCACAUCUUCAGAUGUUCCAUAUCACACAGAUAACAGGCUCGUACUUCUGAUGUUAGUCUCUUUGUAUAACACGCUCAUAUUUCACACAGCCGGUAGCACAACUGUUAAAAGUUCCACAUUGGAGGGAGAAAUCGUUUAAUUAAUGUCAAGAGUUUGGGAUUGAAAUACAAAUGUGAUAUUUAGAUCUAUUUUUAUUAGUGCUCUUUCCCUUUUUAUGUGAUAAAUGUCAGCCAGAGACUGAUGGGCUUGAACUCCAGUUAAACAGAGUUGCGCACGCUUUCUUUUCACUUUCAUUUCAGCAGUUGAGAAUCAUACCGAGUCUAAUGAGCAUAACGCAGUCAAGGGAUCAGAGAGGAAUUGGAUUACAAGGUUUUCCUUUUGAUUUUUGCUCCUUUUCUUUGUGUGUAAUCAUUGACAAUCAUUUGCUGUGACCACAAAUGGGCGUUUCAUCUGGCCCUAAUCAUUACUUUUUGUGUCACAGAUAAACUGCCUCCAAUUCUUCGUAGCCUUUUCGUCAAAGCUUUCAAAAGCAGUUUUGCUCUUAAAAGAUCAGCGGAGCAUUGAUUCGGUGACAUUUCCCUGCCUAGAAAGUAUUCAACAUUCAUUGUUAACUAUUUAGUUUUUUGGAAUAUUUCGAGAAGUACUUCCUGUAUAAUUUCAGUAAACAUCCACAAUAUAAAAACAUAAUGAUUAUUUUUUAGUAUAGAUUAAUCUGUCACUGGUUUUCUUGAUUAAUCUUUUAAUUGUUUGGUCUAUAAAAUCCAAAUUUUGUCUGACCAACAUCCCAAAACUGCCAAAAUAUUCGGUUCACUCUCAGAUAAGAGAAAGAAAGGCAAUGAAGUUUCUGCUUAGUAGUUUGUCUCGAAUUACUUUAAAUUGUUGCCUUUUGAUUUGACUUGAGUGAAAGUUUUGUAGCAGCUCUGAUCGACUGUCAAGCUAAAUGAUGUCUCUGGUGAUUUGAUCAGCAAUUAAGAUCACUGUAAGCUCCUUGCCCCAUACCCCCCCCCCCCCCCCCCCCCCCCCCGCCCCCUCUGCUCUUAUGCAGCUCUCCUUGCACUUUACCAGUAACUCGUGUUUUGUGUGUAGUCUGUGCCAAGUGAUAGUUUUACAAUACAAUUACUUUAUUGAUUUAUUGAGUCUUGGUAAUAUAAGGGGCAUAAUUCAAAAAUUUUACUACACCUACUUAUUAAUGACUAUAUCUCUUUUGAUAUUUCACUGCUGGUGAUCCACUGUCUUGGUAUUAGUUCACUGAUAAGCAUUGCCCUGAUUUACUUCAACAGCCCUCUAUAUUUAUGAGAAGAAGAAGAAGAAAAAAAGCUCUUUCUAUGCUACUGCCCUGCCAAACUUUAGUUUAAAAGUGAUAUUUUCUUGGCUGAAUACAGGCUUGACUGAAGCUUAAAAAUGGUCCCAUUUGUAGUAUGUAUUGUACAUUUUCUUGUAUGUGUGUCAUUGUGGCUCUUUAGUUUGACAGCUAGGUGGCACCAGAGGCAUGGUAUGCAUUGUAGAUGUCCACCCAAACUCCACAUUUUAAUCAGUAUUUUUAAGAACAACACGGUUGAUUACACAUUUGUGAUACAAAUGUCUACACUGUCUACUCGUAUUGAACAUUGAUGUUGAGUCUUGAUCUGUUUCCAUUGUUCCUCGUGUUUUCCUCCAUUUGUCACUAGUCUGAAAAUCAAACUCCUACGUGCACAACAUAGAGGGGGGAAUCUGUUUUUUGCUUGCCUGCACCGUUUUCAAAUAGCUAAUAAUUUGGGACCUCACGACUACCAUGACCAUUUGUCUUAACCGCUAAUACUUGUUUCUCUCAUAGGUGAGCUAUGCAUUGUGAAUCUUGGACCUGUGCAUAUGUUAUGUGUAAUUUUCAGACAUAUUUGUAGGCUCAUACAGUUGAAUGUAUGGGCUUUUGUUAAGUGGGUUUUUUGUUGAUUUUUUUGUUUUCUUUUGUUCACUGAGCCAAAAACAGGUCAUACUCUGUUUUGUAGAAGUGGCAUUGCUACACCAAUGCAGGUAACAUUUAGCAUGAUGGAAGAUAGUUCAGAAAUGUGGAGAAAGAGCAGUAGUCUCAUUAGAGUGAUACUGUAGCUUUUCUGUAGCUUUAAGUCGUAUACAGAAAACAUUUGGGAGCAGACUGUUGUGGGACUCAAGCUGUGUCAUUUUUCAGCUGAAAUGAUACUUUUUUUUUUUUGUAACACUUUAAGGCCCCUUAUUUAUCAUUUUAUAAGCAGCAUACAAAUAUUUAAUAAACAGUUUGUAGUUAUAAGCAGAUAGAAUGACAUUAUUAAGUGUAUUUUAAUGCAAUUAUAACUUCUAUAAUGACAUAUUUUAUACUCUUCCAGCUGUUUUGCUAUAUUAUCAAUCAUUAUCUGUUUAUACACCAGCGUCAACUAAUGUGUGCCCACAGGAGGAGUUAUAGUUGUUAACAAAUACAUUAUAACACUUCUAUCUGCUUACAGCCACAUUAUAGUGUGUUUAUAAACAUUUAUUAAAAGUUUACAUACUGCUUAUAACUGCUAAAUAGGAGGACUUGAAGUAAAGUGUUUACUCUUUUUGUUUCUAAGUCAUAUCCUUUUUCUUAAGACACCUAUCACAUGUCAUAUACUGUACAUCCCUUUUUACAGCCAUAUUUCCAUCGAGUGUGACAUACAGGGAGAGAAAUGAAAAUGCAUUUUGGGAAGAAAAAAAAGUGGGAAAAAAACCAUUGUAAAUAUCACAUCGAACAAAGAGAUCUUAAAUUGUACUGUACUUUCUAAACCCAUAUAAAAAUGUAUCUACAAUUUGUAGAUAUGUGUACUUUUGAUUUAAUAAAAUAAGAUUAUAAAACUCAACUUUGCUCUGUUUUUAUUGGCCAGCUGCAUUAAGGAAACUGCUGUCAGUUGAGCCCACGGUCCCACAAUGGAGCUUGACUGCUUUCAUGCCAAAUGCCUCUCCCUUCAUUGACCCGCUAUG